AUGUGUAUAUAUGACUGUAAUACAAUGGCCGCUUGCUGUUACCAUAUUUACAACAGUGUGAGUGUAUUGUAUAAGUUAAACCGACACCCAGCUGGCGGUAAUGUUUUGAUGACGGACCCAAGACUCUAACGUUCACUUCCGGUCCGUGUUUUCAACACGUGAGCGAUGGCUUCACGCGCCCAGGAGUUAACUCUGGUCGGUCUGUGUGAUGGAGAGCUGGACUCGAAGCGGCACCGGUCCUCUUAUCUGACAAACAAAGUCGGGGGUCCGCCGGACUGGAUGCCGGCCAUCUCCCGCCGGUCUCCCCGCUGCAGGCACUGCGGAGCCCCGUUAGCUCACGUGGUGCAGGUGUACUGCCCCCUGGAGGCCUCACCCUGUCACAGAAACCUCAACCUGUUCGCGUGCCCAGGUGCUGAGUGCAGCGGCAGGGCGGACUGUUGGAGGGUGCUCCGCUCUCAGUGUCUGGAGGAGGCGGAGACAUCCAGCCGGCCUGCCCCGGCUCAGGAGGCUCCUCUGUCGGCCUCUGACUGGUGUGACACCGCUGAUGACUGGGGGGUGGAGGAGGAGGAGGAGGGUGAUGGAUGGGGAGGAGGCGUGAAGAAGGACAGGCAGGUUCAAGAGGAGGCCGGUGAGAUGGCUGUCAGCAGCCGGCUUCAGGAUCUACAUCUUGGAGACUCACAGGAGGAAGUUCCCGUCCUCCGUCCGUUCUUCAUCAGCGUGGUGGAGGAGUCGGAUCUGUGCACUAAACAUCAGAGUUCCUCCUGCACGCUGUCCGGCUGCCGCUAACGUCUGUCAGAGAACUUAAGAUCCAGACGUUCAGGAGGUUUUUACAGGAAGCUGAAUUAUCCCCAGAGGACUUCCUGUUUAUCCCCAGAGGACUUCCUGUUUAUCCCCAGAGGACUUCCUGUUUAUCCCCAGAGGACUUCCUGUACAGACUGAACUCUGACCUCACUACAACACAGGCACUGUUUUAAUGUGUAACACUGAGACAGCUCCCCAGGAGGGAACAGUUACUGAGUACACGCAGCUUCCUACCGUCAUCCAGUGUGAUCUCCUGGAGGCCCAAAGAUCCCAGAUGGGGCCGGUCGUCCGGCUCCUGCUUGAUGCUGGCCGCCUCUCCCGGGCUCUUCUGGGGGUCAGCGGGGGUCACGAAGGCUCUGCUGGAGCUUAGAGACGGAGAGUGUCUCCUCUGAGGUCCACCGGGGGAGGCGGGAGGAGGCAUGGUGAAGGUCUGAAGAGGCACCGGAGAGGCCUGGGGAGGCAGCGUGGAUAUUUGAGG